UUUUUUUGUCUUUCUUUCUUUGUUGAUGGAUCCGCUCAAACCUAGAGAAACAACAACUCCUGUUUCGACAUUGAACUCAACAACAAGUACAAAAACAACCAAGAGCAUAACUUCUCGGCGAACAUUGGGCAAUGCUAUUCUCGUGAAUCCUGCUCAACAAAAGAACCCAAUACUACGAUGUAUUCACAAUGUACCGUAUGAAUUCGAUGACAGUAUCAAACCAGACUAUGUUGUAGGAGCCACCACGGGUGUUUUAUAUUUAAGUCUUCGUUAUCAUCGACUCUACCCUUCGUAUAUUUUUGAACGUAUGGCCGCAUUAGCACGUAUGUAUGUCCUCAAAGUAUUGUUGGUACUUGUAGAUACAGAAGAUCACCAUACAGCUCUUCGUGAAUUAAAUGUGGCAGCGAUUGCUCAAGGCUUUACUCUGAUGCUCAGUUGGAGUCAUGAAGAAACUGCACGUUACUUGGAAACCUACAAGGCUUUUGAAUCUAAACCCGAUGAUCUGAUCCGUGAAAAACAACAACAACAACCCUCUUCUGAUGAUGAUAAGUAUUAUCAAGAUAUGACUGAGACUCUGACACAGAUACGCACCGUCAACAAAACCGAUGUCUUGACCUUAUUGUCCACUUUUGGUUCCUUCCACGCCAUCGCCAAUGCUUCCGCUCAACAACUUGCUCUCUGUCCAGGUUUUGGUGAACGCAAGGUCAAUCAUGUUCAACAAGCUUUUACUCAACCUUUUGUCAUCCAUGACAAUCGCGACAAACAUUCAUCCUAAUGUAAGGGGAGGAAGGAAUAAAUAGGAUAAUUGAUAGAUAAAUAGAUACCAUAGAUGCUUAGUUACCUUAUUUUUUAUUUUAUUUUAUUAAUUCUUAUUCGUAUUAUUCAAUAAAAG